AUGAGUGAAGAUUAUCAAUACCAACAUAAGUAUAAUCCUUCAACAACAAGCCAAGUUUCGCCUGAUAAUUUUUACAAUGUUAUUAGUGUUUUUAACACCCCUAAAUACGACAAAUCAACGUCAAAAGAGUACUCUUUUAGGGACCGCAAAACUCUUCUUAUAACUGAACUAGAAGAACUUGAUUCCAAAUUUUCUGAGUUUGAAAAUGUAAAAUCAAAGUUUCCUCCUCUACGGCUUCCUAAAAAGAGAAAAAAACUAUCGAAAAGUUACAAAAAAUCAAGCACUGAAAGGAAGAAAAAAGAAGAGAUUUCUCCAAAUAGAUCUUAUAGAAUUCCCAAAUCGCUGCUCCCUACAGAACCUCCCAAUUUUGUGGUAGGGGCUAUUUCUACUCAUCAUUUAGGCCCUGGAUCAUAUUCAUUUGAUAAAACCGAUAAGCUUGUAGGAGGAAUUAUAUCAUCAGGCCCUAGAUUUGAAUAUGAUUUUCAAGGAAAAGUUGAUAAUUUUUUUUCUCAUAAGAGAGCAGUCUCUGAAAAGCCAACAGAAGUUUCUUUCAGAAAUAAAGAUUUAUCUCAGUUUUCUCCUGAAAAUAAAAUUGUGGCCUUACAGUCAAAAGCAAGAGUUAAUGAAAUUAGACUCCAGAUCCAAAAAAGGACUAAAGAAUUGUUAUUGGAAAAUGAAAAGUCAGAAAGAGAGCAAAAUUAUUUAACAAAGCUAACAAAAUUAGACUGAAGGAUGAAGAAGCCUGAAAUGACUAAAAUUGCAGGCUCAUGAAUAAUUUUGGCUGGAAUUUUUUCUGUUCUGUCAAUUCUCCGAUAUAAGAAAAGACAUAGAAAAGUAAUUAUUAUUUAGAUUCUUCGGUAUAGAUCAAAGCAUCAUCUAUUUUUCCUUUAUUGAUUGUUCAGGUUUAUUGGGAAAAUUAGACUUCGAGUAUUAAAUUAUAGACGAUCGAAGCUUGCAAAAGCAUUAAAAAAAAAUUUUAAAACUAUAUUGCGAUGAUUCUACAAAAGAAAGGAAACCUUUAGAAUAACUGUUGACUAUUCUAUUGAGCGAGCGCUACUUUGCAACUACAUGUUUGAGCUGAUGGCUAGGUUCAGACUGAAACAAUUGAAAAUACAAAGAAAAAUAAGGCAGUUUCUAGAUAUAAAGCGAGCAAGAUUUACAGUUUUGCGAUUGAUGUGAGAAAAAAAUGCAAGUAUUGUCGAGACAAAGAAAUCGUUUAAAUCAAAAAAUCAAAAACUUAAAGGGAAAAUUUCAACUCAAAUAAGAGAAGAAUAUAUCAAAAAAUAUUAUACUGACUCCCCCCCCCCCCUCCGUGAGCGAACAAAAAAAUUUUGUUCGCUCACGGAGGGGGGUUAUUUUUUUUUUUAAAAAAAAAAAUUUAUAUAUAAAUUUUAUAAAAAAUAUUUUUUUCGAAAUUUAAAAAAAUCCUAAUUUGCAAAAAUUGGGAAGCAAAUAUUAAUUUAAUUUGCAAAAUUUAUGUUUUAAAACGCAAUUUGUUUAAAAUUAAACAGAAUUAGCUCUAGAUUUCAUUAUACUAAUUAUCACUUAUAUAUCAAAAUUUUUUUCUAUUAAAAUUUUUUCUAUUAAAAAAAUUUUUGUUCACUCACGGAGGGUGGGUUUUUGGUCAAAAAAUGGCGAUUUUUCUAAUGGUUUUGUUCGCUCACGGAGGGGGGGGGGGAGUGAGCAAUGCAAAGCAUAUAUUUCACAAUUGAGUGAAUACCAUAAAACUUGUGAAAUCAUUAAACAAAACUUGGAAAAGGCAAAUAAGCCUAAAGAAUUAUACGAUUAUAUUUUCGAAAAGAAAGAAGACAGCCAGCCUACAUAUAGCACUUUCCCGAGGAUGGCGCGGAAUGGCGCCAUCCUCGGGAAAGUCAACUAAGCAUCCACACGGGAACUGGGAGUUCCACGUGUGGAUGCCAUUUUUGACAUGUGGGAUCCAAACUUCCACAUGUCAAAAUGGCAUCCACACGUGGAACUCCCAGUUCCCGUGUGGAUGCCUUCCUGGCUUUCCCGAGGAUGGCGCCAUUCCGCGCCAUCCUCGGGAAAGCGCUAUAUCCGGAUUAUCCAGUUUUUAAAAUUUAUUCAAAUUCGCAUGCUAUGAGGGUUCUUAUCGUUCAGGCUUUUGAGCAAAGCAAAAAUUCAAAAAUCAGCACUCAAGCGAUAAAAGAGUUUUUAGAUAGAUCUAAAAAUGCUGGGACACCUUUAAGAUUCAAUGAAUUUUAUUUAACUCUCGACCCAACUCCUAAAAAUAAGACAUAA